UUGAAUAACAAAACACUAAAAGACUGAAUGAAURUCUUUAUAAAAGUUUUUUUCUGUUGUUUUUAAAACUACUUCUUGUUAUUGGAUCUGUUGUUAGUCAUUAGCUUAACAUUAGUCGUUGUCGUCGUCGUCGUCAUCAUCACCAGUGAUGCCGUUUUUCUUUGGUCCGUCGCCUAUACGGCGAACCAUUCCGUACUUGACUUCUGGUAAACUAGUCUUCAGAAAUCGUGUAAAAAUAAUGGAGAUUUGUUACAAUCAAUUCUGGAAGUAUUGGCGAAAAGAUGGAUCAAAUAAACCACAUCCCACUUAUGAUAAUCACAUUGGUUUGAGGGAACUAUACUUCUGGAAUAUACCGCAAAUCCAAUACAUGAAUCCCGAACUACAGAUUGUCCGACACGUGGAAAAGUUUCCCAAUCCGUUCAUCAGGUGUUGGCUCGACAACGGCAAAGACGUUGUAUUUGAUUGCGACUCGAAAUCGCGUCACGAAAUUAUGGAUCAAUUAAUCAAAACAUUGGGCAAAACAGAUGAAAUAUUGGCAAUGGAAAAGAGUAUUACCCAAGAAGAUAAUCCGGCACUGUUUGGUUACAAAUUGAAACGUUGGUGUAUGUGUGCCGAACCGGGACAGUGUCCGUGUACGGGUGUGGUUAUGAUGCCGAAAGUUAUGCGCGGAAAGUAUUUUCUCUAUUUGAAGGACGACUUGGAAAAAGAAGAAAAACAGAUACUCAGUGGCGAAAGGGAACCGCUUUACGAAUCAGAUAAGAUGCCAUUAUUCAAACAGGCCCGCAAACAUUGGAAGGGAUGGAAAAAAGAUAGAAAACCAAACAACAGUGACGACCUUACCGGAGAAGCAACGGUUGAUACUCAUAACGAUCAAUGAUAGUCAACACACACACAGACAGUGGUGUAAAUAGUAGUUUAAGUGUUGAUUUUCUAAUCAAAUU